AUGAGACAAAGAAAAGGCAAAAAAUGGAGAAGAAGAGGUGAGAUUAUAGCAAGAGAUCCCCUCUCUUUGGCACAAUUCUGGCUUUUGUAUCGCAUCCCUUUUGACAUGAGUUCUAUCCUUCUGCAGGAAGAAAUUCCCGCUGAAGUAAUAGCAGAGAGUAUUGAGCUAGCAAAGAAACAGCAAGAGGCCCAAACAGCAAAGCCCACUAGUUCAAAAUUGGUUCUCUUUGAUGAUGUAGAGACAGAACAUUCUGUUGCCAUUCCAGCACCUAAAGAGGAGGAGGACAGAACUGCUGGGACUUUAGCUGUGGAGAGCAAUCCUCUUAAGCCUCCUAUUGUGGCUACGCCCAUCCAUUCCAUUAUAGGUUCAUCUGCCACUGCUUCCUUUGCUGAUCCAGAGCUGUCAGAAUUUGAGGCUAUGGAUCUGGAUGCCCAACUGGACAUGCUUGAGAAGCUCAGCUCUACUCCUGGCAAAGCUAAAUUUAAGGCAGUAGAUGAGGCUGUGGAUAGAGUGAGAAUCUGGCAAUCUACCGAGCUGAAUUUGGAUGAUAGUGGUGAGGCUUUUGACCAAUUGAUGAAAGAUAUGGACCUGUUGCAUAAGGAGAACAUGGCUCCCAGGCCUAUCCUUGAGCUCAGCUUGGGCCUGGCGAGGGACGUGCUCAAUCUCCAGAACCGCUAUGAGGAUCACAAGCCCUCUUUUAAAGCCUCUGAGUUCUGCAAGGCUACUCAUGAAGCCAACUUGGCUGAUUAUGCAAAGCAGAAAACAUAA